ACUCCGGUCAGUUCAAGAUGGCGGCCCCCGGAGACGCCGUCGCCAAUGCCAACGAAUCGGUAAUGCAAGAUCUUCAGAAACAGCUUGCUGUGGCGAAAAUCAGCGUGCCUGAGUUGUCAACACUUGCCCAGAAAGGCAACGAAAAGCUGGUAGAGAAAUUCCUUUCGGAGAGUGUGGAAGUCCAAGGGGGUUCCGAAAAUAUUCGCCAAAGCCAACUUUAUAUUGCUGCUUUUUGGGGGUUUCCUGACGUUGUCAAGACCCUCCUGGAAGCUGGAGCAGAUGUCAAUUACCAGAACAAGGACACUUUGUGGACCCCACUGCAUGCAGCUGCUUUUCAGGAGCACGGCAAGAUCAUAAUGAUUCUAUUGGAGAAUGAUGCCAAGCCAGAAAUCCCGGACAAGGAAGAAAGGACUGCCAAAGACUUUGCAUCAGCGUCCGACAAGAUCUGGUCUCACUUUGCCAUCCUAGGCUGCAAGCGGACAUCAAAAAUAGAACUGAUUGAGAAGGGAAUCAUCAAAAAGGUAACUGCACCCCCAUCAAGGAACACUCCUUCACCCUCGUCUAUGGCAGGAGGGAUCCGCAUGGCAGCAUCGUUCUCCAGGCCUGGGUCGGCCUACGCCAUCAGACCAGACCCAUUUGUCCGAGCCAAGAAGAACCCCAAUGAUUCCUCUCAAAUGCUAGCAGCACUGGGCGGAGACGUCUUGGCGGACGAGAAACCCCCAGAUGCCAGUGGAAAGCCUCAGGUGCAGGAUCCCUCUUUCUCUGUGUGGAGGAAUUAGCAAAAAACAUCUGGACGUCUCGUGAAAUCGGUCUUCGAGCAGAGUUGGUAGCAGAUGCUCCAAGUGGGCGCCUUUGAUCAGCAGUUGCAGUAGACAGCCAGAUGUCCUAAUUCGGCCCAUGUUGCUGAGCUGGACAAAUGACCACAGAUGACAUUAUGGACAACAGUGGACAGGUGUGUACUACAGACAGAUGGUCGAACUUGAAGGAGACGCUUUUGAGAGGCGGCCAGGGUGGACGGGUGCACUGUCUGAGAGAUGGCCCCCGUCAGUCUGUUGGAUACAGAGUUCCAUUGACAAGGAUGGAUGACCACAGGUGACAGAUAUGACACUAUGGACAAAUGGAAAGAUCGGACACGUGGUUAUUGUGUUGGUGAGCCUUCGACUGGUGGUCAGCACUUUUUUUAGAGGCGGCCACUGCAGACAGAUGAAAUGUUGGAGAGAUAGCAAACCCCAGUCUGAUGGAUCAAGUGAGCUUGGUGGCUGCGGGGGGCAGAUGACCACACAUGAGAGAUAUGACAUUACGGCAAGUCGCUGCAUAGGACAGGUGGCUAUUAUGGACAGAUUGUCCCAAAGGAUUCAAGGCCUUCAAAGUGAGGGGCCAUCACUGUGCACAGGUGGGCAUAACAGCUAGCCCUAUAUUGGCAAGUUAUGGCAAAAGAUUGCCGGUGUUUGACUCUGAACAGGUGGUUUUGACGGAAGAAUGCCCACAGAUAAGUACUGGCUUAGUUGACAAACCUGCUCAGUGAUAUAUCCAAAGUUAUCUCUCGCAGUUGUUUAAUUCCCAUUUUUUUUCUGUAUAAAAAUUGCAAACUUACUCUCAUCCGCUGAGUAAAGUUGCAGGUGUCAAAAUACUUUACCAAAGUGCUGAGAGGGACAGGUGCAUCGGUGCAAGAAAAGCAGUCAAACUCUUGAAAUAGGCUUUGCAAACUUGCACAAAAUAUGUACAUAUAUUUAUUAGUGUACAGAUUUUAAGUGAUUGCGUGAGAUGAAAAUUUUGUCAUUGUACAUUGAUUUUAAACUGAUACAAAUGAAUUGUACUGCCAGCAGUUUCAAGGUUCAUUUAUUUCCGCAUUGUUCCAAUCAAUUCUAGAAAAAAACUGUUAAAUAGUUACAAUAACAUACAUGUAUUCCACAGAUUAAAUAAAAAAGUAAGCAUUUUAAAGUCAGUGAAAAUGCA